GGGGAGGAUGCUGCGGAGAAUACGAAGUUUGUGCUGGUUGCUGCUGCUGCCUUUGGUUGUGGGAAUCCAUCCAGAAUGCAAGAUAUUCCAGCAGGUGGUGAAAGAAGAAGCGCUCUGCUUAGAAAGGAACGAAUCUGUUUCACCUGAUCUUAAAGGAUGUGCCAGAGAUUGGGAUGGUCUAAGCUGUUGGCCCAGAGCUGCUGUGGGGGAAAUAGUUAAAAUUCCUUGUCCAAGAUUUUUUGAAGAAAUCACCAAUAUCCAUGGCUUCCUUCAGAGAAACUGCACAAAGGAGGCAUAUUGGUCAGAACCAUUCCCAUCAUAUGCUGUUGCCUGUGGAUUUGAUGAAGGUUCCAGCAAAGGUCCUGAGGAUCAGAAAUCAUAUUAUUCUGCAUUUUGGCGUGUCUACACUGCUGGCUAUGCAGCAUCAGUGACUACACUCAUUACAGCUCUAAUUGUCUUUGCUGCCUUCAGAAAGUUCCAUUGUACACGGAAUUACAUCCAUAUGCACCUGUUUGUCUCCUUUAUCCUGAGAGCAAUUGCUGUUUUCACCAAAGAUGCCGUUUUGUUUGCAGAUGAAACUAUGGACCACUGCCUGAUGUCAACGGUAGCUUGUAAGGCUGCAGUGGCAUUCUUCCAGUUCAGUAUUUUAGCCAAUUUCUUCUGGCUUCUUAUUGAAGGAAUAUACCUUCAGACACUGCUUUUACUGACCUUUGUUUCGGACAAGCAAUACGUAUGGUGGUUCAUCUUUGCUGGCUGGGGAGCUCCCACUGCUGUGAUGCUUACUUGGGUCCUCACAAGACUCCAUCAACAAAACACAGGAUGUUGGGAUGAUGAUGAAAAUGGAGUGGUGUUAUGGAUCAUCAAGGGCCCCAUUCUGUUAACUGUACUGGUUAACUUCAUUAUAUUUAUUAAUGUCAUCAGAAUUCUAGUCCAUAAAUUGAAAUCUCAAGAGAGAGGGGGGAGCAAUUCAAGCCACUUUGUGAGACUUGCUAAAUCUACGUUGCUCUUGAUCCCACUCUUUGGAGUGCACUACAUCGUAUUUGCAUUUUUCCCAGAGAGCACUGGUUUGGAAGCUCGACUUUACAUUGAGCUAGGCUUGGGUUCCUUUCAGGGCUUUUUUGUUGCACUUCUAUACUGCUUCUCAAAUGCGGAGGUUCAAAGUGAACUCAAGAAGCAGCUGUGCAAAUGGCGGUAUCAAGAAUACCUGAGCUUCACACACAAACAUGGGACUGUGUCCAAAGAAAACAGUCCAGUCAACUAUGUCACUCAGUUAUCACUGCUUGAAAAAAUCAGUCCAAAAAGGAAAACACCUGCCAACCAGAAUGGUGUAACUUCUGUCUGAACUUAUCUGGCAGGCAGAGUUGCUAUGAAUGCACUAAGGCAUGGCCAGUUUGGAUCCUUCGUGGCUUUCAAAGAUUCAAUCAGUCACAGAAUAACUUGGAUUGGACCUUAAAUAUCGUCUAGUUCCAAUCCCCUUGCCAUGAGGUCAUUGCAAGCCACCAGAUUAGGCUGUCCAAGGCCCCAUCCAACCUGGCCUUGAGCACCUCCAUGGAUGGGACACUCUCUGGGCAGCACUGCCAGGGCCUCACUGCUCUCUAAGAAUUUCUUCCUAACAGCUGACUCUCUCCUCCUUUAGUUUAAAGCCAUUUGCCCUUUUCCUAUCACUAUCAAGUCGUGAACAAAAGUCAGUCCCCCUCCUUCUUAUACGUUCCGUUCAAGUACUGAAGGCCACACUGAGGUCUUCCCAGAGCAUUCUCUUGUCCAGGCUAAACAAGCCCAACUCCCUCAGCCUUUCUUCACAUCAGAGGUGCUCCAGCCCACUGACCAAUUGGUCUCCUCUGGACCAGUUCCAUCCAUUCCAACCCACUCCAACAACUUCCCAUAGCAUCCACAGAUUUCUGAACAUUUCAUAUCGUGAAUAUGAGUUGCUUUUCUCACCUGGUUGCAUCACAACUCUUGUUCCCAGUCUCCCUCUACACACAAAAUCCCGUUAUUUUUUUCACUGUUGUGAAAUGAGAGACUUAUAGGUCUUGGACAUCAAUAGGUUAACACCCAAAACAAAGAAGCUACAUUCAUUUCUUCCAUGUCCAGCACUUCCAUCACACUUCCACACUUCCGUCCAGUGUUUCCUGAAAUCUCCAGUUUUUAGGAGUUCUGUAAUUUAUCUUUAUUUGAGAGAGCUAUAGAUUACACUAUUGCCAGCCACUGCCAUUGUUUGGUUUUUGGUUUGUUUUUUUUUUUUUCUUUUGUGCCUGUACAAUGGAGAGAUUAAGUCAGGCCAGAGGACC